GGGGAUCCAGACCCUCCUCGAUCAAGGCCUAUAAACGAUGAUAUAGAAAUGACAGAACCUGAAGAUACACUUAAAAUCCUUUCAUGUAAUUCUUAUUCACUCAAGGUUGAAGAAUCAAGACGAAUCAUUGGGAGCUCAAGUCAAUCAAAGAACAGAAAACCGUGCAAUUGCACGAAAUCACACUGUCUAAAAUUGUAUUGUGAGUGUUUUUCGCAAGGCAUAACAUGCGCUAAUUGCAAUUGCAAUAAUUGCCUGAAUAAUGUUAACCAUGAAGAUGACAGAAGAAGGGCUAUCAAAUCAAUAUUAGAAAGGAACCCAAUGGCUUUUCAUUCUAAGAUAGUAAUAGGUGAUCGAAAGCAUUCUAAGGGCUGCAAUUGUAAAAGAUCAGGUUGCUUGAAAAAUUAUUGUGAAUGUUUCGAGGUGAUUUUAUUUCUAUACGUGUAUUUCUUUAGGCUAAAAUUAAUUGUUCAGAUAGAUGUAGAUGUAAGGACUGCCAAAACUACAAGAAGUAUAAUUAUGUUCAAUAAUUUUAGGCCUGGAUCACUUCUGUAUUACUCAGACCUUAGCCAUCCUUAUAGUGAUACAUGUUUGAGGUUUCGAUAUAUGCCCUACUUUCAUCUUGAUUCUGCCCGUUGUGAUUGCUGUAAUAGUUUAUUUAUUACACGUCAAACGACAGAGGAUGUUUGCAAUUGCUUAAUUUCUCAACUUAUACACCCACCUCAUCAAGUUUUGGAUUGCGAAUCAUUGGAGCGUAGAGUUCUUGAAGAAUUUGGUCGCUGUUUAUCGAAAUUUGUAGAUACAUACUCUAAGGUUUGUUAUAAUGUGUUAAAAUAUAUCCUUAGAGGAUUUUUAUUUGAAUCUAAUAUUUUAGUAUAA